AGAGAGAGAGAGAGAGAGAGAGAGAGAGAGAGAGAGAGAGAAGAAGUAAGAAUAAUAACUAAGAUCCGAGGAGAGAGAGAGAGGGCGCAAAAUGAGUAGAAACAUCGCAUACGAUUUGAAGCAUAUACUCUCCGGUUUCCUGACGGCUUCCAUGCUCCUCAUGUUAUGCAAUAUGAUCAAGACAGAUCAUAUCGACCCACUUUUGGGCAAUUUCUCAGCAAUACAACCCAUCACUCCGAACAAUGGGACAAAAUCUGCUUCGCGAGUCCUUAUCUCAUCCGAUCCUUGGGGACUAAACAAGACUAAAGAAGUAUUAAAUCCUUGUUGGAGAAAAUCAACAAAUUCAAAACCACAAGAAUCAAGAGGUUUAAUAUGUGUCACAUUGGCUCAAGACCCUGAGUACCAUGUCUCACAGAUUGCUACAGCCGUUGUUGUUGCUAAAUACCUUGGAGCUACUCUAGUCAUUCCAAACAUAAGACAAUCUGCAUCCGGGCAAAAAAGGCCGUUUGGUGAAAUCUAUGAUUUGGAGAAAUUCAGGGCAACGCUAGACGAGAAAGUGCCUACAUUACAAGCUAUGGAUGCACAAUUUGCAGAGAUAUCUAAUCAAAAGGUCACGACAGUGAGGGUGCCAAACAUGGUCUCCAAAGAAUUCGUGAAGUCCAAAAUUGAGCCAAUUUUCAAAACAUCAAAAAACCUAAGGCUUUCCAUUUUCUUCCCAUCAUCUAUGAAGCACAAAAGAAUGAACCCAUAUGGAUGUUUGGCUACAUUUGACAAUUCCCUCAUGUUGAAACCACAAUUGCAAGCAUCCAUAGACUCAAUGGUGGGAACACUGAGAAGCCUAAACCCCCGUUCACACGGACGAUUCGUUGCGGUUCAAACCAUGCCAGGAAGUGGAUUUGAUGCAAAAGAGAUAGCUUCUUUUAUGAAGAAGAUUGGGUUUGUGAAUGAAACCACUGUUUAUCUGACUCUGAAUGACUGGGACACAAGCAUUAUUGAGCAUUUCAGGAACAUAUUCCCCAACACCUUCACAAAGGAUGUGAUUAUUCCAGCUGAUGAGAAGUCAAAGUUUCUGGAUCCUGGAAGGCCAGAAUUGAAGCAAAUUAUAGACUUUUAUAUCUCUUCUGCUGCUGAUGUUUACAUACCAACAUCGUCGAAUUUGUUUUCUGAUAAUGUGAUUGCAAGCAGAAUCGGCACUACAAAACAGCAAGUAGCUCUUGUGCCCAUCAACAGAUCGUCGCUUUCUGCAGAAGACUAUAUUCCUCCUUACAUUUCGCAGAAGGGACAUUGGGCUUACUCUUGCUUUUGUCUUGGGGGAAUGAAUUGAAUAAAUCAAGAUUGGUUGAAAGUUUCGCAUACCUAUGCUAUCGUGCCUUGUAGGCCAAUAAAAAGUGUAAGAGUCUAAGUGUAUUGCUUGGUGAAGUGUUUAUACCAAAGUUUGCUUCUUCUUCUUUUUUGAAUGGAUGUGUUAUUCAGAAUAAAUAUGUAAUGUAAUAAACUUUUAUAUUGAGUAAUGAUUUGAAAGUAUAAUUUA